AUGGGUCUCGUCAAGUUGCCUUCAGGCACGUGGAUGCCAGCAUGGGUCCCCGAGAGCAGUCUUGUCCUCUCCGUCCUACUAGUCCUCUGCUCUGCAGCUCAGAGUCUGACCACUGGAUAUGAUGGCAGCAUGCUGAACGGGGUCAAUAUUCUGCCUCAAUACACAAACUAUUUUCAGUUGUCCACCGGCGAACUCGCCCUCAACACAUGCUCAGUAUAUAUUGGCGGAGCGCUAGCUCCUUUGUGUACAGGGUAUUUCCUCGAUCGUCUCGGAAGGAGAAUGACCCUGCUCUGGUCCACCUGCCUCAUGGUCGUGGGCGUUAUUCUGCAGACAGCAGCGACAAGCGUCCCCAUGUUCCUCGCAAGUCGGAUUGUGCUUGGCUUUGGUAACUCUAUUGCCGGUGCCGCCGGUGCGGUCUACCUAUCCGAGACAUUCAAGGCAACUUGGCGUGCAUGGGGUGUUGGACUCUAUAAUGACAACUACUAUGUCGGAGGUCUCAUCGCGGCCGGUCUGACCCUAGGCACAGCCAACAUCCAGAAUACUUGGGCCUGGCGACUGCCUUCCCUGUUCCAGGGCGUGUUCUCUGUCAUCUGCAUUAUUAUCAUUCCAUUUAUCCCCGAAUCCCCAAGGUGGCUUGAGCACAAAGGACUGCACGCCGAAGCUCAGCUGGUCCUCGCUCGGGUCAAUGCCAAUGGUGAUUCGGACGAUCCGGUAGUCCUGCUUCAACAUCAGGAGAUUGUCGAUCAAUUGGCGUGGGAGCAAGACCAAGGUCAAAGAACCUCAUGGAGGCAAAUGUUCACCAAUCGGAGUUCGCGCAAGAGGCUUUUGAUCGCGGUCACCCCGGCGAUUUUCAGUGUUAUUGCAGGUUAUCCAUCUGGGUACUAUCUUGGAACACAGCUCGAAAAUGUCGGAGUGACGAGUACUACCGCUCAGUUACAAGUCAACGUGGUUCUCAACAUCUUUGCCCUCGCAUGCGCACUCUUCGGUACCCAGCUGUGUGCUCGCUGGGGUCGCAAGCCCGUCGGCAUUCUCACGCAGGGAUUGUGCACCUUUUUCAUGCUCGUCUUGGGCAUUCUCAGUAAGGAGUAUGCAUUGAGCACGUACAAACCGGGGGUUUAUGGGGCAAUCGCAUGCAUCUUCCUGUUCACAGGAUCUUACAGUAUCGGCUGGACCCCACUGCUCUUCCUGUAUCCUCCAGAGAUCCUCAACUAUUCGAUCCGCGCCAAUGGAAUGGCCUUCUGUCAAUUUGCCAACAACGCCAUCGCUACAGUGUUCCUCUAUGCCAUGCCAAUUGGCCUUGACAAGCUGGGCUGGAAGAUCUACCUCAUCAACGUCGGGUGGGAUGUUGUCCUCACAGCGAUUGUCGCCCUUUAUUGGGUCGAGACCAAGGGCAAGACUUUGGAGGAAGUGGAUGCGAUUUUCGAUGGCAUUCGACACAGCAACAUGCCCGAGCUCGAAGACUUGACCACUGGUAAGGUGGACGGAGCUUUGGUGGUACAACAAGCGGCGCAUCGGGGGCAGGAAGUCGAGAGCGAGAAAGACGCCGCGGCGGUAGCUUAG